GCACAGCAGGCUGAUCGGAUCAGAGUCUGCACCGCACCGCCAUCCGCACACCGGCCUGCGGGACGCGUCGCACUCUCCGUCCGGGAUGGAGAAAGGCGCCUCUGAACCGGACCCGUCCCACCAGCGGAACGGGGUCGUGGGCGUGCUGUACGGGGAGUUCACCGACGCGCUCAACGACAGGGUCCGGUACUCGGUGAGCUUGACGGAGAGCGCCCUGACCAUCCAGAUGAUCUCCUCGUCACCCGGCCGGACUAAGGUGGUCUUUAACUUGACCGACUGUGUCGGCUGCCGGGCGUACAGAGGGCCGGACAGCGCGGACGUCGGAGCCUACUUUACCGCCUAUUUCUACCCGUUCAAGAGGCGCUGGAUGAGCGCCGGAGUGGCCCGGCAGAGAGUGGAGCAGUGCUUUCGGGUGGCGCUGGUCCAGGACCCGCUCGCCAACCUCCAGGAGGCUGAGAGGUGGGCUCGGGCCAUCAGAGAUGCCUCCGCGCGGCAGGCGCCCCGGAGAGACGGUGUGGUGUACAUGGAGGUGCGUCGGCCUUGCAGAGUCAUGAUACUGGUGAACCCUCUCAGUGGUCGCGGCCAGGCUCUCCAGCUCUUUACCGGCCACAUACAAGGCAUGCUCACUGAGGCCGCUGUUCCCUACACACUCGUCAUCACAGAGCACCAGAACCACGCGCGGGAGCUGGUGAAGAAGGCGGACCUGUCACAAUGUGAUGCCCUGGUUAUCAUGUCUGGAGAUGGGCUGCUGUUUGAGGUGAUAAAUGGCCUGAUGGAGCGAGAGGACUGGCAAGAGGCAAUCCAGACCCCUCUGGGUAUUCUACCAGGUGGCUCAGGCAAUGCCCUGGCUGCCUCUGUCCACCACUACUCACAGUCGCCUCCAGCGUGGAACGAGGAGCUGCUACUGAGCUGUGGUUUCAUGCUGUGCAAAGGUCUGGUAGGUUCUCUGGACCUGGUGUCGAUCCACCUGGCCUCUCAGCAGCGCCUCUUCUCCUUCCUCUCCCUGGCCUGGGGCUUCGUGGCCGACGUCGACAUCGAGAGCGAGAAGUACCGCCAUGUCGGAGCAAUCCGCUUCCUGAUGGGCACCCUGGUGCGUCUGGCCUCCCUGCGAGUCUAUCAAGGCAGGUUAGCAUAUCUGCCCAUUAAUGAGGCGCCAAAACUUCCAAAAGGGAGCAUCAAGGCUAACCACCCUCCCUCCACACCUCAGCACCCCUCACUCUGCGCCUCCCUUCCCUGUCGGCUCAUCCCCAACACCUCUCCAAACCAGAACUCCCGCCACAAUCACACCAGCACCAAUUCCAACCACAACACCAUCACCAACUCCUCCAACAAUGCUAUCACCACCAAGAGACCUGAGACCCAGAGUGAUGGCAAAACCAGAGCCCCGGUGGACUCUCUGCUUCCUGGCCUGGACCAGCCAGUCCCAGAGAGCUGGACUGUGGUCAAGGAGGAGGACUUUGUCUUGGUGCUGGCUAUUUACCAGUCCCACCUGGCUGAGGACCUGUGGACAGUCCCUGGUGCAAUGGCAGACGAUGGGACAAUUCACUUGUUCUACGUGACAGCAGGAAUCUCCCGUCCCGCCCUCCUGCGCCUUUUCCUCGCCAUGGAGAAGGGCGCCCACUUGGCGUGCGGCUGCCCCCACCUGGUGUACGAGAAGGUGAAGGCCCUCCGGCUGGAGCCCAUCUCUCCACAAGGCAUGAUCACUGUGGAUGGGGAGAUGGUGGAAUACGGGCCUGUUCAGGCUCAAAUCCACCCAGGACUGGCCAGACUCAUAUAUGGAUGAACUUGGAUUAUCCUAAUCUUUUUCUGGCUGUAGAGCUUUCUAGUCUGGCCUUUUAUACUGUAGAUUUCUUUAUGUGUGCUGUGUUUUCAGAAGUGCCAAAGACAUUUUAUCAGCCUCUGGAAAUUCCUCUAUUUUUCUACAGAAACAACUUGUCCUAUUUUUAUGGACCCCCGCCCGUCCCCUCUUUCUCUCAAUGUUUGAUUCAGGGUCAAAGCCAUGGAUGGUUGUUGUUGCUGCUGGCUGGUCCCAGCUUAGAGAAAAAGGGAGGGAUUGUGAGUCUGUGUGUGUGUGUGUGCAUAAGAUAGAUCUUUAUGUAUGUUUGUGUGCACUCAAGUGUGUAUAUGUGUGAGAUUGUGCAUGAGGAGCUUUGGCACAUAGCGGCGCGGAGCAGUGGCUGAGGAGUGCAUUGUGCACUCUGCUGUCUGACCUCAUAAGCAUGACACACGUGAAAAGAAGCACAUUUUCCCGUCCUGGGAGGCUCAUGAAGAACUCAGGCCCCUUGUCCCACUGUACUACAACGGGCCGGCAAUCUCCCUCCUGGGCAGCUCGGUCUGAAAGCAUCUCCUUCA